AUGCUGGCCUCCAACUAUCUCCUGGUCAAAGGCAUGGCAUACAACCUGAUCCAGAGUGCCUCAGCUCCCAUAUUUCGGGAAAUGCUUCAUUUGGCGGCGGAGAAGCAUAGUGUCGCUUCGGCUAUUUACAUGAUUCCUUGGUGUUUAAAAGGGUUUCUGGGAACGCUCAGCGAUGUGUUCGCUCCGGCUGGCUACCAUAAACGCCCUUUCAUGAUCGCAUCCUCGCUGCUGGGAGUCGCCGGCGCGAUUCUUCUUUAUUCCUUCGCCGGCAAAAUCGUCUUCUUCAUGGCCGUACUGGCCUUUUUCAUGAUCAUGACACAAGCGUCAUUCAACGACCUCCUAUGUGAAGGCGCAUAUACACGCCGAAUGGCGGAAAAGCCCGAAACAGGUGCGGCGUUAACGUCAUACGUGUGGCUAUGCUCCUGUCUUGGAAGCCUUCUGGCGGCAGUAUGGGUGGGACCCAUCAUUGACUAUGUAUCUUUCCAUGUCGUUCUCAUACCGUUCCUCUUCCUCACCGCUCAGCAGCUUUUCGUCACUGCCUGGCCGUGGCCUUUCAGAAAGUGGAAAGAGCAUGGCGGGCUGCUCCAGGAGGACUACGUCCCAGCCGGAUCUAGAAUCAUGGCAGAGAAAUUUCGCCAGCACAAGAGGCUCUUUAUCUGCGCGAUCGUGCUAAGUGUACUGGCCGUGGGCUCAGUCGUGGCAGGAAUGUUCAACGACGACCGACAGAUUAUCGGCUUCAGCUACGCGCUUUUCGCUGGCUUCGUCAUGGUGGGAAUGCUUUGGUUUACACUCCCUCCCGUACUGUUCAAGCCGAUACUGUACUUGUUCUUAAGUCGAUUUCUCAUGCCGAAUAUCGGUUCGCAGGUGACCUAUUGGCUACGUAGUGGCCCGGACUGUGUUGAGAACGGUCCGAAUUUCAGCUGGACGUUCCUAUUGACUUUGACGUCUAUUCUCCAGGCAAUCUUUGGAUUCGUUGGUGUCACCCUCUUUCAAAAAUUCGUAAGCAAGUGGAGCUUCCGGAAAGCAUUUUGGAUUACUUCCCUUUUAACGUGUCUGACGUCUGUAUUUGAUGUCACCAUGGUAUAUCGCUGGAACAUCCUCUACCUUGGAAUUCCCGACAAAGUUUGGUACUUCUGCAGCGCCGCCAUCAUCGAAGAAGUCAUCAGUAUGUGGGCGUUUAUGCCGUCUUGUGUUUUGAUUUCCCGUUUAUGCCCGCGGCAAGUUGAAAGUACAAUGUACGCCGUUGUUGCUGGCGUUAACAACUUCGGCAGUUCUUUGGCAAAGUACUUAGGAAACUUCCUUGCAGUGUUCUUGCUGGGCAUAAAGACGAUGAAUGACGAGAAGGGCAGCUGCAACUUCGAGAAUCUCGGUCUCGCUGUCAUAAUAGCAUCGGGCUUGUGCCCUUUGCUUCCCCUAGUCCUCACCUUCUUCCUCAUUCCCAAUGUCGGGAUGGACGUCCACUUCGGCGAGGUCGCAUUUGACGAGGCUGAUGGUAGAGCGGAUCAUGCGUCACAACUCACAGAGACAGGAGAGAGAGCGCGAGAUUCGUCAGACGCUCCCGAGCGCCAAGGAAGUGCGGUGGCUGUCUCUAGUAAACCGAUCAACGAUGGUAAACCUGACCUUCUCGUAACAGAAAAACACCAGCCUGAGUCAGGUUGUCACAUGGAAAACGGCGACUCCCUCAAGACUGAUGCGCCGGCCCAACCCAGCCAACUAAGUCGCCUGCAAACUAUGGCGUCAUCGGAGGCCGAAGACAGGGACGCCCAAACAGAUUACCCAGGUGCACUGCCUUCCGUAAAGUCUGAGUAA